CUCUUUCCCACCAAACCGGCCACAAGGCGAGAAACGUUACUGACGUUGCGCGCUGUUCUUGCGUAACAAAACUAAGUUUCGAAAAAGUGUUUGGAGAUACUCCCGGCUCGAUCUUGCAACUCUGCACUCUCUCUGCAGCCGUCUAAUGUGUAUUGUUUGGUAGUUCUGAGAAUAUGUAAAAAAAUUUAGACACACUAGCGUAUGAACUAGCUUUUGCGGGCCAUAAAUGUAUCAAAACCCAAAUCUUUUUGCAUUCUUGUUUCUAUACAAAUAAUGUGUUCUCGCAUAGUUUCUUAAAUUUGUGAGUAAUUCGAAGAAUGUUGACAUGCAAUCUGGAAAUCUUCAAUUAACUCUGGCAAUACUCAAACCGCAUAUCCUCAAAUGUCCCUUUGCUCUUCAGAAAAUUCGUGAUAUCAUAUUAGACAAUAAUUUCAAGGUUGUCAGGUCGCGCAGGACACUAAUAACUCGUGAAGAGGCUGAGUUAUUUUACAAGGAACACAGAAACAAGUUUUUUUACAAUCGACUCUUGACUUUCAUGUGCAGCGAACCAUCUGACAUCCACAUUCUGACAGCACAUGAUGCUAUUCUCAAGUGGAGACAGUUGAUGGGCCCAACUAAGGUUUAUCAAGCACAAUACGAUGCACCAAAUACUAUUAGAGGAAUGUUUGGACUUUCUGAUACAAAAAAUGCUGCACAUGGAUCUGAUUCCAUACAAUCUGCAGAAAAAGAGAUAACAAUAUUUUUUAAAGAAUUUAAUAUGAAGAGCUGGUAUGAAAAUGAAGAGAUAUUUUUUAAGUUAGGAAAAUUGCAUUUUGAUCCAAUAUCCUUUAUGCACACUGUUGACAAAAGUUACAAAGAAUGAACAAAAUAAAAUGGAUUGCAGAAAUAAAGUACAUUUUUAGCAUUGUUAAACUAAAUAAAUAAAAUAUUUUAUUUAUUAUAUAUUAUUAUGUAGCAAUAUGAGAGAUAUGCUUUUGUAUCUACAGUUAUCGUGAAAAUCUAUAAUAGUGCUGUUUUGUACGGAAACACAGUAUAAAUGCGUGUUUAUAAUAUGUUUUUCAUAG